ACGGGGCGGACGGAGAGAGAGAGGACACUCGGCAGACCGAACUCCCAGCUAGGUCGCUCCCCUGCCAGCUACCUCCACCGCGCGCCCUGCCCCAGCUUUCUCUCCCUGGCUCCGCCCCGCCAGGUCCUGGUUGGUCGCCCCGCCCCCUCGUGCCGAGCCCCCCCCUCGCCGUGGCCCCUCACGUGACCCCUGGGUGAGCCAGCGGGAAGUGGAGUCUCCGAGGCGGCGCCGUAGGGGGACGGAGUUUCUUCCGCAGCGGCAGUCCAUUGCCUGAGCAUCAGCGCCAUGAACGGGAUGCGGGGGCCCUCCGGGCCGCUCUUCUGGGCCGCCGCCGCCUGCCUGGCCGCGCUGUGCGUGCUCAGCGCUGCCCAAACCACAAUGCCUACGGCCAACUUAAACGAUUCCUCGUCGGCGCCGCCCACGCCGAAGCCCACUACCGCACAACCCACGGAGAAGCCCUCUCCUGAGCCCACGAAGAAGCCCACUUCCGAACCCACGACAGAGUCCGCCCCGACCCAGGCUCCAGCACCAGAAAGCUGUGAAGUACACACUAAUUGCAGUUCCUGUGUUGAGAGCAAAAAUGGCUCAUGCUUCUGGACAGUUUGUAAUGUAGGUGGUGGCUACUGUUCAGAAAAUGCAACAACUCCAAAUUGUACUGUUAUUAACAACUCAAGUAACUGUUUAGUGGAACCUACUGCUGGUCCAUCUCCAACUAAUUCUACAGCUAAACCUUCACCUGCAACCUCAACCAUCCCAGCUGUCACCACAGUUGUCACAUCAGGUGCACCAAACACUACUGUGCUUCCCACCUCUUCUCCAAGAAAAUCUACUUUUGAUGCAGCUAGUUUCAUUGGAGGAAUUGUUCUUGUGCUGAGUGUGCAGGCUGUAGUUUUCUUUCUCUAUAAAUUCUGCAAGUCCAAAGAACGAAACUACCAUACUCUUUAAGACACAACAUCAUAACAUGGACACAUAGUUUAUUUGUGUAGUUUAUUGAAACCAAAAUAUUACCUUUUGAGAUGUCCUACAUGGAAGACAGUGUUUCAAAAUCUUUAAAUCUCCAAAGGAUGCAUAUAGGAUAUUUUGGAGCAUCUUCCUUGAAGAAAAAGCAGUUCAAUCACUUGUACUCAACAGGAAUACUUAAAAUAUUCUUCAUGAAUCCUUGUGGCUGGCUGGCUUAUAUUUUAAGUGGCUGCUGCUGCUGUGGGAUUUUUGUUUUUUCCUCUUACCAUGCCUAUUGCAGUUUCGUUUUAGUUUUUUAAUUUGGAGGACUCACUGUCCUGAGUUGACAGUUUCCUAACUGCCAGCAGUUUAAAUUUAGUCAUUUUAAAGCCUGAAAGCUGCAUUAUUCCCAUUUUCACUCAGGAUGUCAGUUCAUAGACUAAAUUGUGAGAAGAAUGUGCCAAAUGAUCAGUUGGUGGAUUUUUGACUAUUGGUCCAAAAGUGGAGUCAAUUUGUGGGAGAACAAUACUCUUUAACUGUAUAUCCUUGAAGUGGAAUUUAGUGCUUGACAAACCUGUAUUUUUUUUUUCUACAUUAGAAAUAAGAUGCCAUACAGGAAGUUACAUUCCAGAUUUAAUGCAAAGGGUACAAAUCAUAAAUAAUAUAUAGCAGGUUAUUGUCCAUUCUUGAAAAGCACCUUAUCAUUGGGAAAACAAAGAACAGUGCCUUAAAGACAAGACAAAAACAAGGUAGACUGUGACUUUAAAUGUUUCUGUGAGCUGUCACUUUCUGAACAGUAGCAACAUGCACUCAAAUUUGGUAGAAACUCAGCCAUAUACUAUUAUGUUCUUUUAAAGUCUCAGCUACUUACAUUUUGAAACUAAAGAAUGUUAUAGGAACUUGAAAACAUUCAUAAGUUAAAUUCUUCAAUCUUUUUGUGUGUAUCUGCUAAAACAUUUUUAUGAGAUUUUAUUUUUAAAGGUACAGGAUCAUUUUAGGGAAAAUAUUAAGCAUAUCUUGCUUUACAUUUAUUUUCUAAAAAUUGUUUGUAUGUAGCUGCUGUACCUUUUAAGCAUUCCAAUUAAGCUUUCAUAGAAUUUUUAAAUUUGCUUUAUAGGGCAAGGAGGAAACAAGGACUGAAGUUUGAGAAUCAUUCACAAGUUCAUUCCUUAUUAAAAAGAGACAAUCAGAGUUUUCAGAUGGCAGAUAUGACUGGUGAAAUUUCAGGAAAUAACAGGUUUUUUUUUUAAUUGGAGCAGAUUCCUAUAGGUCUUAGAAUUGUUUGAUGGUGAUUCCCUUUAAGAUUAUUUUUUUUUAAAUCCCUGUACCUAUAAGGGAACACAUGCUUUGGAAUACAUCAAAUACUAAUUUUUCCAGUCUCAGAACAAAUUAGCAUUUUUAAUAAAGGUUUUCCUUCGUCUUUUUUCUCCAUCGAUACUCAAUUGGAUUUAGCCAAUAAGAGGCUUAAAACAGAUUUUAUUAUUAUUUUUUUUAGUUCAUUCUUAUAUUUGUCAUUUAGACCUUGAUGGCUUGUUUCUAGUACGACCUGCAGCAGCAGAUGGCAUUGCAUUGAUUUAUUUUUUUGGUGGGGGUGGUUGAACACCUGAAAACCCUUGCUCCAAUUAAUUGAAUUACAUUAAAGGUUUCUAAAAUGAA